GUGGCAACGACGCCUGAAUACCUCAAAACACUCCCUCCACAGGCAGCAACAAUGCAACGAGGAUCCGGCGAGACAAUAGGUUGCAACGUAAACAAAAAGGAGACACUAGUUGCCCCCCGGUCGAUGGGAAUGCACUUGCGACCAUCGCCCACUUACACGAUCCCGCUGUUGUUGAUGGAAAAUGCCACCGCACAGGUGGUCGUUAAAAAAAUGCGCAGACAUCCGCCCGGAAUAGGACGAGAUUGACGGUGAAGAAAAAUGUGGCGCUCUACGUUUAGGUCUCCGAUUCAUACUCCCCCUUCAGGCAGUAUCGUCGUCGUCGUUAUCAUCGUUAUCGUCGUCGUGGUCGUCGUGGUCGUCGUGGUCGUCGUGGUCGUCGUCGUCGUCGUGGUCGUCGUGGUCGUCGUCGUCGUUAUCGUCGUCGUUAUCGUCGUCGUUGUCGUCGUUAUGGUCGUCGUCGUCGUCCUCGUCGUCGUCGUUGUGGUCGUCGUCGGCUAUAAUGAUACACGGGGCCUCGUUGGUGUCGUCACAGUAUCUGCCGCUAUCGUGCACCUCUGGUGGGCAGCAAGACUCAGCGCCGAGACCGUUCGAAGCGCCCGAAGCGUCGCAUCCUGGACCUCCGCACUGGCCACACCCGAGCGAACAACAGAUCUCGCCUCUGUGGUCGAUGCCCUC